CCCCAAAAAAAACAGUUCUCCGCGUGAAGGACUUAGUUUGGCGUAUUGGCGCGCUGUGAUUUUUUCACAAACUUAAGUUGUCAAUCUUGAACUUAGGUUUGGCGGGUGGCAGUUCUCAAGUUUAGGUAUUUUCGAUUUUCAGUGUGGUAAACAAACUGUUGCAACAUAAAAUUUAGUACUACCAAAAAUAAAUUUUGCGUUGCAUGGUCUGUCCAGCAGUGCUACAAACUGCUCGAAUAGUUUGUGUAAUUUGUAAUGCUUGUGGAAUCGCACUAGCCGGCACAAAUUAACCACAAAAGGAAUCGUAACAAUACUCUAUAAGAGGAUUUGCCAGUUUAAUUAACUGUUAAGAGCGAAUUAGAUCUAAUUUGCAACUGCUGGAUGAUAAGAUUUUUGUUAAUUUCGGUGCAACCACUUCGAGCCAUGUCAUCUAAAGGCAAAAACAAGUCUAGCAAGGCUGCUAGAGCAGAGGGUGGAAAAGAUUCGGCCACAGUAGCACCGGCUGUGGUGCAAGGACCAGUUUACACAGAUCCCAAAACCGGCAACGUGCUCAUCAAGAUACAGGCAAAACCGGGAUCGAAAUCGAACGGGAUAACCGACAUAGGAGAGGAAGGUGUAGGAGUACAAAUCGCCGCCCCGCCGAUUGACGGCGAAGCUAACACUGAGUUGGUGAAAUAUCUGGCCAAACUGUUGGAUCUCCGCAAGAGCGAUGUCAGUCUGGACAAGGGCUCCAAAUCACGUCAGAAGACCAUCGUGCUGGAAAAGGGUUCUCGUACCCCGGAACAGGUUCUGGACGUCUUUCGAAGGGAAGCAAUGUGAUAAACAUCGAUUGGUCAUCACUUGGUUUAUGAAUACAUAUUCCUAUUACAGUAGGUAGGUUUAUUUAAUUUUUUCAUACAUUUCUGUGUAUGUAGUUGUGUAUAAGUAAUAGUUAUACUUACUCUUCUGUGUUGAAUAAUAUUUAUAUUUUUUAAAGAUUGAUAAUAGAUUAAACUACUUUU